GAUCUUGAGCGCGAGGCCGAGGCCUGGCAAGUGGCAGGUGCUUGCAAGGAAAGUUUGCGAAGACGGCAGUUACUCUCGCUGUUUGUUCGGCGUAACUCCUACUCUGUGUCUUGUCAGGCGGAUUUCCCUUUGUUCUCCCCUGAACGUGCACGCUUGUCUGGCUUUUGCUCGCUUUUGCUGUGUCACAGCAAGUGUUGAGAGAUAAGCCAACAGCUGCCGGGACCCCUGUCUGUACAGAAAAUAAUAGUUGGCGGUUCGGUUCAGAUAACCCGCGCCAAACCCCUUUCCCUCUGUCUCAUUUUAGAAUCAUUUUCCAAAUUCAGUAUGGCUGAAAACCGUGAAUGCGUUGGCAGUGUACCGCACCAGAACUAUUCUCCUGUCCUUAGUGCUAUGGAUGUUCGCUCCGUGAAAAGACGGCCCACAACCAUGGCAAUGAGUCAUGAGGAUUCCGGUAUUGGACUGGUGGAUCGUAUGCAGCCGCAAGCGAAGCAGCCACGUCAAAGCAUCGGCAGUUGUAACAGCACGCACUGCCACUGCACAAACCACAGCGAUAGUGGUUUCGCCGAUUACAGUUUGACCGACUCUUGCCCCUGCUCGCAAGAACACUCGCGCAUCAACACUCCGAAAUCUUCUCUUCUAGAUGCAUUCUCCCCCCUGUCCGCCGAGAACAGAAGUCCUACACACCUCAGCUUCCAGAGUCUGGGUUUGAAGGAGUACAGUGAUGACAUCCUGACAGUGCUCCGACGACGCGAGGUGCGGUUGCGCCCCUGGCCAGGAUACAUGGCAAAACAGUCCGAUAUCGAGCCAUGGAUGAGAACUAUUCUCAUUGACUGGAUGGUGUCGGUUGCAGAAGAGUACAAGCUUCACUCGCAGACCCUUCAUUUGGCUGUUGGGUAUGUAGAUCGAUUCUUGUCCGUUAUGCAUGUGCACCGUGGUAAGCUACAGUUGGUUGGUGCAACUGCUGUCCUUGUCGCAAGCAAGCUGGAGGAGAUCACUGUGCCGGAGAUCUCUCAGUUUGUUUACAUCACUGACAACACGUACAGCCUUGAACAGAUCCAGCGCAUGGAGAUGCUUUUGCUCCUCCACUUGCAGCAUGAAAUGGCUAUGCCGACUUCCCUGUGCUUCCUGGAACACUUUGCCAGUGUCUCCAAUUGCAGCCAGCGUGUCAUGUGGCUAGCUAUGUUCCUCUGUGAGCUGACACUGUUGAAGUUUGACCCCUUUAUCAACUACCUACCAUCGACUGUGGCCGCUGCAUCUCUGUGCCUUGCGCGACACACCCUGGGACUACCUGCCUGGACCCACGAACUAGAGGUUUCUUCAAAUUAUUCCUUUCCUGAAAUUGUCGAGCUGGUGACUGAGCUACAAGUUCUAUUCGAAGAUGCACCACGCAUGGAGCAGCGCGCAAUCAUUGAGAAAUACCGCAGCACUGUAUACGGCAGCGUUGGUGCCAUCAGUGCUCCAGACACUGUCCCCUCUGCUAUGGCAACUGCCUAAAUUGCGCUGGACUACAUCUAUUCAGCCAACUUCUUUUUACAGAUACUAUAUCGCCUGCGUCCCUGACCAGGCUGUUAGGAAAAUACAGAUUCGAACAAAUAGACAUUAACUUCCCCUAUUGACAUCUCUCCUCUACUGUAUGGUGGCAGAAACAGACAGAUUAUCUGUGUCAACAUGUACAGCUUUAUUCCUUUAUCGAUACCAGACUUGCUAAUGACCACGUCUUGCUCUCCGGGCAUCCAAGUAUUGAGACCACUUGCAUCACGUCGACUAAUUUUUAUACUCAUUCUAUACAAUUUGUGUGCCCUGAUUUUCAUCCUACCCAGCUUGUUAGCUACCCUCCGUGUCCCUUGUUUGCCCUUUCCAAAUUGUGGAUAGACCUAAGACUAGCUACCCUCCGUGUCCCUACAUGCCUAUUCUCCUGCACCUCAAGUGUUGUAUUACUUGGAUGUCUUUGUUUCCUUCGGCCCCUUGAUUAGUAUCUAGUGCCGCUUGCAAACUGAUUAGAGUCCCGGAUUUCUCUUUCACUGAUUUUCUUCUCUCGUUUCACCAUUGUUCCUCUGCCUGAGCCCCCUUUGCACCUCCCCUAUGCAUCUAACCCUUACCAACACGCACCUUACCGUACCCUGUCUCACUCAUUUCCUCAAUGCACCAGAGAUUGUCCGUUAGAUUAUGGAGUGGAGUGAUAAAAUGCUACAUAUCUACAUGUACUUACUCUGGUUUUGGCUAUUGCUGAUCCUCCAUUUUCCGUAUCUACUUGCCCUGCUGGUCUCUCAUCUUUCAUCUAGUUUCUUGCAUGUGGUGUUUAUUCCAAGCUCUCCAUCGGAGUCCAUUCUCUUGAAAAUGAUUUUUUAAUUAAACUGCAGUUCGUGAGGAA